AUGCCGCCGAAAAAGUACAAGCCUCGGGCUAACAUGCUCUCACGUGCAAAGCUCGCCAAGUCGUCCAAUGACGAGUCGGAAUACGACGAGGAUGAUAGCGGCUCUUCCUCUUCCUCUGGCGAACGUGACGGACGGUCCGAUGCCGACGACGAAGACGGCGGUUCGAGAGCGUCAGACGAGAAUACUCAGAUACAAGCAGAUUCACGCCUAGCACGCUCUUUAGGCACACGCACGUCAGGACGCGGCAAAGGCGAAGUGCUACCCCCACUACAUUCUAUUGGCCUAUCGAACUACCCUGCGAAGAAGGUUGGUCUCUACAAUCCACACGCGAAACUACAGGCCUUCGAAAAGGCGUACCCGCAAGAAGUCCCACCCGCGCCUAACGCUAACCUCCAUGAUCUUUGGAAAAAGAGCAAAGCUAAAGAAGACCGCCCACAUUCUUUUUACGACCCAUUCAUACCCAGCAUCAAAGGCGACGUGGAUCGUUGGAUCGCCCAAGGAGCUCCUGCAGGCCUCAAAACCCCGUACGCUAAAACUCAGGUGCUUAACGUGGACCCAGUGGAGCAGAGAGCAACGAUGCGCGGCCAAGGCUUUCCUGCGCCAAUGAAUGGCCACACCAACAAUAUCGUCGAGGAAUGGCUUUCUCCCAACGACACUUUCCAGGAAGAUUUCUCCGUGUUCAAGACCUUGAGCGAUGAAGAGAAGCAAGCCAUAGUUCGCCGCGAGGCCGAGCAGUACGGCUUGGAAAAGCCGCGAGGAUACAACGUGUCCUUCCAUUACAAUCCACAUGUCGAGUAUCACCAUUUCGGUAGCAGCCAUCCAAUGAAACCAUGGCGGUUGACCUUAACGAAGCAAUUGGUCUUGGCUUAUGGUCUGGAGUAUACCAUGGAUUUAUACGAGCCCCGUCCAGCGACCAUUGACGAGUUGGAGGUGUUCCAUGACCGCGAGUACCUUUCGUUUCUCAGCCAAGUCACACCGCAGAAUGCAAAACCUGACGAUCCUGCAUACUUGUCUUUUGGAUUUGGCGGCGAGUCCAACGACUGUCCUGUUUUUGACGGCCUCUGGAACUACGUUUCAAUCUACAGCGGUGCUUCGAUGAGCGCCGCGCAAAAUCUGAACAAUAAGCAAUCUGACAUAGCGAUCAAUUGGUCCGGCGGCUUGCAUCAUGCUAAAAAGAACCUCGCAUCUGGCUUCUGCUACAUCAACGACAUCGUCUUAGCCAUUCAACUUCUCCUUACCCAGAACCAACGUGUGCUAUACAUCGACAUCGAUGUGCACCACGGAGACGGUGUCGAGGCCGCCUUUGAAUCUACUGACCGCGUGUUCACCCUCUCGUAUCACAAGUUCGGCAUCGAUAGGAAUGGUUAUCCCUUUUUCCCUGGAACCGGCAACAUCAAUGAGAUGGGCCCUACAGACCCCGCCAACCGCGGAAAAGGCCAUAGUCUGAAUAUCCCUAUCGAUGACGGCAUCGACGACGAGCAAUAUAAGUGGCUAUUCAAGACCGUCACGGGAGCCGUGAUCGAGAAAUACAACCCAACGGCUAUUGUGCUCCAGUCUGGCGCCGACUCGCUUGGCGGUGACCGUUUAGGAAGAUUCAACCUCAACAUCAAAGCCCACGGCUUCUGCGUUGAAACCGUGAAAUCUUAUGGUCGCCCACUCCUUCUUAUUGGAGGAGGCGGGUACACGCCUCGGAACGUGGCGCGCACUUGGUGUCACGAGACAGCUGUCUGCGUUGGUACGGAAUUGCACAACGAACUUCCUACGCACAUCCCGUAUAUCCAGGCUUUCCAGGGUGCGGAAAAUGGAGGCGGCAUACUGUAUCCCGACCUACACAACACAAAACGACACGACAACCUUAACACUCAAGACAACCUACACAAGCUGGUGACACAGGCUCUCGAGAAUCUGAGAUAUGUUGAGGGCGCGCCGAGUGUGGUUUGCAACACAAUGGGACUUAGUGACGAGCAAAUCAUGAAGAUUAGGGAGGAGAUCGAUAAGGAGUUUGAAGAUGAGGCCGAGAGCAGGGAGACGCUGACUGUGGAGAACACCAGACGGCGCAAGGAGAGGAACACGGGAGGCAGGGGUGAGAGAGGUCUGAGAUGA